UGACACAGGCCAACCAACCCCUGAAAAAUGCGCUGAGCGGAGCCUCGGCGGAGACAUGCGUCCGUGAGAGUGAAUGUAUCAGCGACCGGCUCUUUGUGGACUGUGCCGUGUUGUCACCGGCUGGCGUUGUGGAGGGACGGUGUGGACGCGGAGCAUCGCUGACCUGCGCCUCUCCGAGCGGGCGGUUCCCCUCUGAGCGGCCGCGUGGAGCUGAGGGAGAGCAAGGAAAGGGACAGAUGGAGGCACCCGGACCUCUCCCGGUUACAUAACCGAGUUAAAGAUCACACAGAACCAGAUAACGGACUGUUUCCCCCGGACAGGUCGGAGUUCAACCACUUUCUCCAACCCGCGACAUCAGUGCACGCCACCAUGAACGUUGGCACGGCGCACAGCGAGGUGAACCCUAACACCCGGGUGAUGAACAGCAGGGGCAUCUGGCUGUCUUACAUCCUGGGCAUCGGCUUGCUGCACAUCAUCCUGCUCAGCAUCCCCUUCGUCAGCGUCCCGGUCGUCUGGACCCUCACCAACCUCAUCCACAAUCUGUGCAUGUAUCUCCUGCUUCACACGGUCAAAGGGACUCCCUUUGAGACCCCGGAUCAGGGCAAGGCUCGCCUCCUGACCCACUGGGAGCAGAUGGACUACGGCGUACAGUUCACCGCUUCACGAAAGUUCCUCACAAUCACGCCGAUUGUGCUGUAUAUAUUAACCAGCUUCUACACAAAGUAUGACAGAGUCCAUUUUGUGGUCAACACCGUGUCCUUGCUCACAGUGCUCAUUCCCAAACUGCCGCAGCUGCACGGCGUUCGGAUCUUUGGGAUUAACAAGUACUGACAGGAUGGAAGAAGAAGAGAUGGAGGUUUACGGUCCCCCCUGGACCGCUCGGAGCACACAGUGUAAUGGGCCUCUGAUGAGGACCUCUCACACCUUAUUCUAUUGAGGAGCUCCAUAUAGGAAACCUGCGGAGGAUGCUGCCAUGGUUCCGAAUCAACAAGACUCCGAGGAGAAAGCACAAGCGGACCGCGUCAGCUUUGCACCAAACUGUGGCUCAUCCACAUGGUUUACAAACAUUUUAAAACAGAUGAAGAUGAAUCUCUGACAUUUCUGAAGACAAAGCACAAAAACUGUGCUGUUUCACUCCUCUGGCACUAAGAGGCAGUUUUUAAAGUUAAUUUUUGUUUAAUGAUAUACUACUGUAUUUAUUCAGCCUCGCUCAAGGCUGCAGCUUCGUCUAUUUUGAGGUUUGCGGCUUCAGUUGAGAGCAACAAUUCUACACAGACGUGGUGAGGAACUGGCAGACUGCUGGAGAGGCGAGACACUAGAAACCACCUAGUUAUAUUUGGCUCCCUUCUGCUCUGCUCUGGUCUGCGCGGGGUCAAGACCGGGAAGUUGAGCAACUCUUAUUUUUAUCUGCCCGUUUCCAUAUUUGGAAAGUGCUUGUCCCGGUUUGUCCUGUAUGCAAAGUCCUCUGGCACAGAACGCAUGAGCCGUCUGGUACAGACCAGCAGACCCACUGUCUCAGUUAAGAGAUAAGAUUUUAUUGAAACACCAACAAGGGUACAUAUUUACAUGAUUGAGGUACUUGCUUCAGCUUGCCCCUGUUGGCAGAUCAGUCGAAUGUAAUCCAAUUACAAAAUACCACAUAUUAUUCUAGAUGUUAUUUUCUUAUUUACUUAAGAGAUGCACAGAUUAAAAUUCCUCAGAAUUAUGACAUUAGGUUGUCUCAUCUGCUUAACAUCUGUGUGUCUUGUGCAAAAAGAAUUAGCAGUGGAUCCUUUAUGCUGAAGGACUUUGUUUGGAGUGGAGAUAGGAGGUUUAUUCCCUACUUCAAGAACAAUUUGAAAGAAAAAUAAUAGAAACAGUUUUAUGCAACAAAAACAUUAGGCUCAUAUGUUCUCUUAUGACCAUAAUUUGAUAGUCUGAAGGCAUGGCGUUACCUAUGACAACACAUUUGGUUGUCUCCGCUCCAUUCCCCAGCUGUGGUCAGUUGUGGAUUGUAAUAUUUUGUUGGGCCAAACAACCAUAGAAAAAUACUGUAGCUGAAGUCGCAUGGCUUUGUUAUUUCAAUUUUUUUAAUUUAUAUUAAUGUAAAAGAAGCAGCUGUUGAUGACUUAAUUGCAAAUACAGUGUUGGGAAAUGGCUGCUGGCGUCCCACAGUAAAAUGUGUUAUAUAGCGAGCUGCUCUGGAUCUUUUGAGAAUAUUGGUUGUUUUCAUUGAAAACAAUUUGUUGUGUAACAUUUCUGAAAAAAAAAAAGUCUGUGAGGUUGUUCAUUAGUAACUGCAACUUCAAUCAUUUUAAGCAGAUUAACAAUCAAUUUCUGAAGUUUUGAUUGUCAAAAAAUGAGCAUCAAGCACAUUGAAACCAACUCUUCAAUCUUGUGACGAUGUAAAGUUUUUCACAUGGCUGUUGAGUUGUAGGCACAAAAUGAGUUUUUAAUAUUUUAGGAUAUGUGAAUAAUGAUUUCAUUUGUUCUUUGAAUUGUUAAAACACUUGGACAUUAUAGAUCUACAGAGAGUUGAAAAUAGGGUAGAAUAAAGAUGAUUUGCUUUUUUUAGGACUCACGCUGAACCCCUUACAGAGAGUAUUGACCAGUCUCCAGUCUUGUUCAGAGGUUAAUUUGAAUCUCAGAGUUAUGUCUCCCAGUGGCCUGCUUGGACUGGGCAGAGUGUUUGGUUCUUAUAGUCCUGAGCCAAAUUAAGAAUGAAAAAUGAACCUAAUAAAAGUAGAAAUUACCCUGCUCUUUGUGAAUUGAUUUCUUUGCAGUGGAAGAUUUAUCUACUUUCAUAAUUGAUUUUCUUAUUUUUUCACGACAGCUGUAAAGAAAAUUGUUUGCACUCCUUGUCAACUCUGCGAGGAUGCAUCCAAUCAAAAAUUAAUCCGUGGUCUUUAUUUCAGGCUCGUAAACGGAUACAUGUACCGUACAGUGGUCCUUAUGUUAGACAACACCACGGGGUUUUUAAACAUUCAUUAAGUGAAAGCAACAAGAGUGAAACAAAGAGGAUUUAUUGUGACUUGGGUUAACGGUUCUAAAAAUCAAGAUUUGAUAUCCUAAUAAAAGUCUUUCCUGGAUUUAAAGAUA